UAAAUAUUAUCAUUGGUCACCGGCCGCGUUCACUGUAAACGAGGCGAAGAAGACGUCGUCUCUUACAACUUGUGCUGAGAAAUGGCGGCGUCCGUGUGCCGAGUCGGGAGUACCGUGGGUCGAGCACUCGUCAAAAACCGAAAUCCCGUCCUCUUGUGCUUGCGGCGUGGACAGGCCUCCGUUAGCUAUGCCCACAGUCUGCUGGGAGCCCCUGAUACUCGACUUACUUCCUUGGAAAAUGGCUUGAGGGUAGCAUCCGAGGAGACUGGACAUUCUACAUGCACUGUUGGUCUAUGGAUCAGUACUGGCAGUCGGUAUGAGAAUGAGAAGAACAAUGGCGCUGGGUUUUUCCUGGAGCACAUGGCUUUCAAGGGAACUAAAAAGCACCCACAGACAGCAUUGGAGCAGCAGGUGGAGUCCAUGGGCGCUCAUCUGAGUGCAUACACUUCCCGGGAGCACACCGCUUACUAUAUGAAGACUUUGGCCAAAGAUCUGCCAAAGGCUGUGGAGCUGCUGUCAGAAGUAGUGCAGAGCUGCUCAUUGAGUGAGGCAGAAAUUGAGCAGCAGAGAGGAGUUGUGCUUCGUGAGCUACAGGAAGUGGAAGGUAACCAGCAGGAAGUUUGUCUGGACUUGCUGCAUGCCACAGCCUUCCAGGGAACCCCACUGGGCCAGAGUGUACUGGGACCCACCAACAAUGUUAGAUCUCUCACCCGUCAAGACUUGGUUGAAUACAUGGAAAGCCACUACAAAGCCCCUCGCAUGGUCCUGGCUGCGGCAGGAGGUGUGAACCAUGAUGAACUCGUGAGCUUGGCCAAGUCCCACUUUGGCAACGUAUCAUUUGAGUAUGAGGGAGAUGCUGUUCCUGUGUUGGCUCCCUGCAGAUUCACAGGCAGUGAGAUCCGCAUGCGUGAUGAUGGUUUACCGCUUGCUCACAUCGCUAUUGCUGUAGAGGGAGCUGCUGCUGCUAGUCCUGACAUUAUUCCUCUCAUGGUGGCUAACGCAACCAUUGGGAGCUAUGACCUCACCUACGGUGGAGGAAAGAACCUGAGCAGCCGCUUGGCUCGUCUGGCCGCAGAGGAGAAUCUUUGCCACAGCUUCCAGGCCUUCCACUCCUCUUACAGUGACACCGGCCUCUUGGGCAUUCAUUUUGUCACAGAUAAGCACAACAUAGAGGACAUGAUGCACUGGUCCCAGAACGCUUGGAUGAACUUGUGCACCACAGUGACGGAGAGUGAUGUUGCUAGAGGGAAGGUUGCUCUGAAGGCCAGUCUGAUUGGACAGCUUAAUGGAACCACUCCCAUUUGUGAUGACAUUGGCAGACACAUCCUGAACUACGGGCGGCGUAUUCCUCUGACUGAGUGGGACGCUCGCAUUGACGCUGUGACUCCAAGAAUGGUUCGUGAUGUGUGUUCCAAAUACAUAUAUGAUAAAUGUCCUGCUGUGGUUGGUGUCGGUCCGAUUGAGCAGCUUCCUGACUACAACAGAAUGCGCAGUGCCAUGUACUGGUUGAGGUUCUAAGGAGUUAAAAGAGUGCUCUAGAUUAUCCCCAAUAUCUCCCCCAUCACAUCAUUGACCACUGUUGCAGUGAGUAAUCAUAUGGCCCUUAACAAAUUGGAGUUCACUGGACAUUCGGGUCUUGGAAGAGAACCCAGUGGCCCUUUCGACUUUCCGCUCACAUUAUUGGCCCCACUUUUAUUCGAUCAUGAAUUUGUCUGCUACUCAUGUGGCACAAUUCAUUUGCUGCUCUUGCUGCUGCUUUACAUGUUGCUUCAGAUCAAAUUAUCCCUAAAAUGUUCGUCAACUGUCAAAAUCAGUCUGGAACGUGGUGCAAGAGCAUAUUUAUAAUUCUGUAAGAUUUUGUUCUGUCCUCUAUUGUACAUAACAGGACUUGUUGUGGAGAUAAUAAAACAGUCUAAAUGCGCCUGUUUCUCUG